CUUUAUUGUCAAAGCAUAAAUUAGCAUUUUCUAUCAAUUAGCAAAUUGAGCAAUGCAGGAAAACGAAAGCAGAACAAACCUGCUGAAUCAAGAAAAUAGCUUUGUCAUUCAAGACGUUGAAGCUGGUAGAGCAGGCAACAUAGAAAGUAGAGCAAGAAAUACAAAUGCCAUACGCGAUUAUUUCGAACAAUCGAGUCAUCCUGUUGCUGCUUUCUUUUUCUUGGCUUUUCGUCUGGGCGCAAUUCUUACUUACUUGCUAGGCUCAAUAUUCUCUGAUAAUUUCACGCUUAUCUUUGUUGUUACCAUAUUGUUAUUAGCCUUUGACUUUUGGACAGUAAAGAACGUGUCGGGCCGUCUGUUGGUAGGCUUACGAUGGUGGAAUGAAAUUCAGCCAGAUGGUUCAAACAAAUGGGUGUUUGAAAGCGCACAUCCAAAUAGAAAGCCCAAUAGUGCCGAUUCUCGUCUCUUCUGGAUAGUUCUUUAUGGCACACCUGUCAUUUGGGUCUUACUAGCGUUAUCUUGUAUAUUGACAUUCAAAGCAUCAUGGUUGGUCAUUGUGGGUAUUGCGAUCGUCAUGAACGUAGCUAAUGUCUAUGGCUAUACACAAUGUGAUAAAGAUGCUAAGCGUAAAUGGGCCACUUCAAUGGCAACCCAGUCUGCGCUAGGAUCACUUGGCAGCGGGGCCACUGGGCUUUUGGGUAAGGCUGUCUCUUCUGGCAUUGGCAGCUUGUUAAGUGGUCGUCGAUAAUACUCCACAUUUUCUUUUAUUUUCAUCUGGCCAUUUUACAAUUCUAGUUUUCACUCCCCUUUUAUUUUUCUUGAAAUAAAAAGACAUACCCAGUAAUGAAAAUGAUGACCUUUGUGUCUAUCUUUUUGUUCG